UGUGAGAGGGCAUCGAGAUGGAGCAGCUGCAGGGAGCGUGGAGAAGCGUCACCAACGGCCUGGGGACCAGGGAGUGUGUGUCUGAGAGCUCCUGUGUGACCCCGUGUCCUCAGCGCCCGUCCUCAGACGAGCCCAGAGCCAGCCGGACCAUCCGCGUGUUCCUGCCCAACCAGCAGAGGACAGUGGUGUGUGUGCGGGCCGGCGUGACGCUGCACAGCUGCCUGAUCAAGGCGCUGAAGGUGCGAGGGCUCCAGCCGGAGUGCUGCGCGGUCUUCAGUCUGCACCCCGGACACCGCAGCAAGAAGUCGCGUAUGGACUGGAGCACAGACUCUACCUCGCUCAUCGGAGAGGAGCUUCUGGUGGAGGUUUUAGACCAUGUCCCCUUAACCACACACAACUUUGUUCGAAAAACAUUUCUGAAAUUGGCUUUCUGCGACAUAUGCCAGAAGUUCCUGUUAAACGGUUUCCGGUGCCAAACGUGUGGCUACAAGUUCCACGAGCACUGCAGCACAAGAGUGCCCACAAUGUGUGUAGACUGGACCAACAUCAGACAACUGCUAUUGUUUCCCAGUCCGGGUGAAAGUGGGACUCUGUCUCUACCGACUCUCACAUCUCGCAGAAUGAGGGAAUCCCUGACUCGAAACAGUAGUGUUUCCAUUAGCUCAAACCCUCAUGUGUUCAGUUACUCCAGCCCUUCAGCUCUGACACCCAGACUGCGCUCCACCUCCACACCCAACGUCAACAUGCUCAGCACAACCCUGCCCGUACACACCAGCCAGAUCCAGGAUGCCAUGCGUGUUCACAGCUCAGCUGGCGGUUCUCCGGCUCAGAGCCCCACGGCCCGGACCCAGCCCGCCGUCCCCAGCGCGGCCGCGAGGGAGCGCACUCAGGAGAAGCUCACCAUCCGGCCGCGGGAUAAGAGAGACUCCAGCUAUUACUGGGAGAUCGAGGCUAGCGAGGUGAUGCUGCUGAGCCGCAUCGGCUCCGGCUCCUUCGGGACCGUAUACAAAGGGAAAUGGCACGGAGAUGUGGCUGUGAAGAUACUGAAGGUCACCAACCCCACCCCGGAGCAGUUCCAGGCCUUCCGCAACGAGGUGGCAGUUCUCAGGAAAACCAGACAUGUCAACAUCCUAUUGUUCAUGGGCUACAUGACAAAAGACAACCUUGCGAUAGUAACGCAGUGGUGUGAAGGCAGCAGUCUCUAUAAACACCUCCAUGUGCAAGAGACCAACUUCCAGAUGUUUCAGCUGAUAGAUAUCGCGAGACAGACUGCUCAGGGCAUGGACUAUCUACACGCAAAAAACAUCAUCCACCGUGACAUGAAAUCAAACAACAUCUUCUUACACGAAGGGCUGGCGGUGAAGAUUGGGGACUUUGGCCUGGCCACUGUGAAGGCCAGGUGGACCGGUUCUCAACAGGUGGAACAACCUUCGGGGUCCAUUCUAUGGAUGGCCCCCGAGGUGAUCCGAAUGCAGGACAACAACCCGUACAGUUUCCAGUCGGAUGUGUAUUCCUAUGGCAUGGUGCUGUUUGAGUUGAUGACCGGAGAGCUGCCCUACUCGCAGAUAGCCAACCGAGAUCAGAUCAUUUUCAUGGUAGGUCGGGGAUAUCUGUCCCCAGACCUCAGUAAGCUGUAUAAGAGAUGUCCUAAGGCCAUGAAGAGACUGGUGGCCGACUGCAUCAAGAAGUGCAAGGACGAGAGGCCUCUCUUCCCUCAGAUCCUGUCCUCCAUUGAGCUCCUGCAACACUCGCUGCCCAAGAUCAACCGCAGCGCGUCUGAACCCUCUCUGCACCGAGCUUCCCACAGCGAGGACAUCAGCCCCGGCACACUCGCCUCCAUGAAGCUGCUGGCCUUUUGAAGCCGCCACGGGCCUUAUGGAGGUCAUCUACUGUCCUGCCCAGGGUCUCUCCUGGACCUCCGCCCAACAG